CAGUGCGCAUGCGCGAGACUAUCGACGGCCCUGCGCAUGCGCAGCCGUCGAGACGGCAGUACGCAUGCGCGGCAUUAUAGACGGCACUGCGCAUUCGCGGGCUUCAAGACGGCAGUACGGAUGCGUGAGCCCGGAGACAUGGCACCAGAGACCGUGGCAACCAUUCCGACGCAGUUCCCCUCAUUGGUCAUCAGGGGGCAGCAGAUACCGCCGAAACAACUCCUUGCCCAGCCAGCAUCUGAGUUGAUGAAAAAACAUGGUAUCAAUUGGACAGAUGCACGCAGCGAAGGCAAGGGUGCCUUGAAACAAUUAACAGAGCAAUCAAAACAGCCGUGCAAGUCUGCUAAGAAACAUCACAGUAACAGCUUCCGUACCUGGCCUCCCCCUCUUACAUUCCAUCUGGCUCACCCAAGGCUUGUAAAUAUCCUCUGGAUUGGUUUCGAUAUUGAGCCAUUUCUUGUCAGUUCUUCCAUUCACAACCAGUGCCAGGAUCUGCCAUGUAGUCACAUUGCCUCUUUUCAGCUCUUGAGGAAUUGCAGUGAUAAUACCAUGUGAUGAUACAUUACUAACAUGAAGGACAAUAUGAAGUAUGUCAUAAGUCUAUCUCAAAAACACCUAAUCAGAUGAUGAAACAACACAAGAAGAUUUUUCAAACAUUUUUUCUCUCUGCAGUUCUUCUUGGAGAGAGUUUAUUGUUCACAUAACAACAAAGGGAAGUAGAUUAUAUUACAGAGAUCCCUUGGGAGAAGGAAACAUCUUCCAUUAAUUUGCAAAAUGAAGAGAAGAUAUCUAAUUAUGUGGCAACUCUUUGUGCCGAACAAAACUAGUCAGUAGGCACGCAUGCAGAGAGCGACGGACAAGUAUGAGUUUCAAACAGAAUUUAGGGAUUUCAUACCUGGAAGCGAGUGAUUGCUGGAACUUGUUUCCUUAAAAAACACAUUCUGGAGUUGAAUUCCUGACAAAUGACAGCCUAGACAGCAAGCCUGAAGCUUCACAAUCAGGAAUAUUACACAGUGGCUUCUCUACUGUGCUCAGGAGAAACUUACAAGGGGAAAGCAAGCAUGACAUGAAACAAAAGUUUAUUAGAAAGGACCGUGCAGAGAAGUUAACAGCUCAAUCCCGGUCAGAGGAACAAAACAUAUUAACACAGAAACCAUUGAAGCACUCCAGGUAUUGUUAAAACACCUAAAAGCUAAAAUGAAAGCCUACUUCAAGGGACUUAGUAAACCGUAAAAUAGGGGAAAGCACUUUCAUUUAUUUAUUUAAACUGCUAGUACAGUCCUGACUUCUUAAGUAAUCCAGUACUUAGAAUAGCACACCAAUGGCUAUUCUUACAAAAGUAGGUAAUGUAACUUGAAGCCACGUGCACCAUUUAGAAAGCCAAAGUUAAACUCAUUAAGUGCAAUUAUUAGAAUUUGGCUUACAUUUUCUUUAUAUGUCAUGGAGUCCUUGGCAAUAACGCUUUAGUAGUUGACCAACCCCAGUUUCGGUAUGAAUAUUUUUAAUAGUAAAGCCAUUUUACACAGUAAAAAUGCUUUCAUCCUUCUAGCAUGAGCUUAAAUUGGGCACCAGGAAUAGGGAGAGAUGCUAGUGAACUCUUCGCCAUUUGGCUGCAGAAGAACAGGACUAUACCACUCAAGGCAGAUGAAAAACUGGGGAAGGACCCCAGGAACCAACUACAGCAAAUCCUGUGAUUCUGUUGCCACUUGCAUAUACAUGGAGAAGGAAAUGACUGGGGUCAAACCAUGGGUUAGAAAUAUAAAAGUCUUCUAUGGGAUUCAAGGCUUAAAUAGCCUCUCAGCUUAUGUGGCAAGGGUUUCUUUGUGGCUAUUAAGAUAAUUUAACCUGAAUAAGAAUGAAUUUAAGUGAAGUGAAGAAACAUCCUGAAAGAACUCUAGGUAAAAAUGAAGAGGCCAUUUUUGCUUCAUAGCAGAAAUGCCAUAGUUUUGUGGUAUAAACUCUUCUUCAGAUACCUGUCUCCUCUGGCAGAGCAAGGGAUCAAUAUUUCAUAAUUACCUCUGAAGUCUCUCAAGAAAGAUGUCUGGGAGGAAAGGGCCAAGGCUGUCACCAGAAGAGCCCUUCAGUUUUCCUUAAUUAAAGAACUGCCUGUCAGAUAACAGAUUACUAGUUCCCUAAGAAAGAUAAUGCUUCUCUCCAUCCCUCUGCCCCCAAGACCCUUCAAUAUAUAAUAUGGAUUUUUGUCUCAUUGGAAGAGUUUGACUCUUUCUCAACAAAAACCUCACUACUCAUACGACUGAACUUCAGAAAGGAUGUGCAAACAGAUUUGUAAACAGUAACGUGAUUAACAGAAAUGCAGUAUGUCAUAUACAUUUUUUUGCCUUUUUUUAAAAUAACUAAACUUGUUAAACACAAGGGCACAAGAGACUAGUUUAAAACUAAAGCAAUAAUACAAAACUGUCAUACAAAAUUAGGAAAUGGUGCAUCCUUAAGCAUGCUUCAGUCUAGAACUCUAGAGAUCCCCAAGAAAUAAAGAACCUGGUAUAGCAAUAGUGAAAUA